GAUCGCGUGACGGACAGCAGAAGCAGCAAGCAGAAGCAAGUGCAAGCAUCCCCGCGACACCGUCUCGAGAACACGCCGUCUCAAGCAGCCAGCACCGUCUCAGUUGUACCUCAGACAACAGCCGUAACGUCGAACCCUCAGACUCGCCCCCGAAGCUCCCCAAAAUGCACCUUGAGAUUCAGGUAGCGCUCAACUUCGUCAUCUCUUACAUGUACAACAAACUGCCACGGCGAAGAGUCAACAUUUUCGGCGAGGAGCUGGAGAAGGCGCUGAAGGAGAAGUUCGAGGGGCACUGGUAUCCCGACAAGCCGAUGAAGGGAUCGGCGUACCGCUGCCUCAAGACGGGAGAUCCCAUCGAUCCUGUGCUGGAGAAGGCAGCCAGAGAGGCAGGCAUGGAGAUCCGGGAGAUCAAGGACAACCUGCCGGAGGACCUGGCCGUGUGGGUGGACCCCGGCGAGGUCUCCUACAGGAUCGGCGAGAAGGGCCAGAUCAAGGUGCUGUAUUCGGAGGCCGCCGAGUCCGCCACGCAGGAGGAGAACCUCGACAAGGAGGUGACCAAAACCUUCAACCCCGAGGCACAGUGCUUCAAGCCCAUCGACAACUUGAGUUCGUCCCUCAGCAACGUGUCGAUCAGCCCCAAGUCGACGUCCCCGUAUUCCGCCAGCUCGCCCACGCCGCCCUUCAAGCAGCGCGAGGCGUCCCCCAUCAGCGCCUUCCUCACCAAGAGCUCCGCCCCUCUCACCUUCACCACCGCUACCUUCGCCCAAACAAAAUUCGGCUCCACGAAGUUAAAGACGAGCACCAAGCGAGCCAACCGCAUGUCACCCACAGAGUUCUCCCACUACAUCAAACAGCGCCAGAUGAUCCAGCAGCAGCAGCACGUACAGCAGCAGCAGCAGCAGCAACAGCAGCAGGCAGUGGCGGUAGCGACGGCCGGCUUCGGCAGCCAGUUCCCCCCGUCCAGGCCGCGCUCCCUCAGCCCCAACCCGCCGCUGGAGGCCCCCGGCGUGUACUUCCCCGGGGGCGCCCCCGCCGGAGGGGCCUACAACCCCUGGGGCCGCGGCAUGUUCGACCAGGGCUUCACCUCACCGUCCUUCUUCACCGAUCUGCUCCCCCCCGCCAGCCAGCAGGGACCCGCCCCCAAGUUCCCCAUGUACGAGCCCGUGAACGGAGGCAUGAUGGGCGGGGCCGCCCCUGGCGCUGCUUCCAUGGGCGCGGGUGACAAAGCCUCUGGUCUGAACGAGGGCGUGAUGGGCGUGUACCCAGCCUCCCAGUACCAGCACCUCCUGGUGGCCAACUAGAGGAUGGGCGGGCCAGCCACAGCACCAGCAGCCUUCCCGUUGUCUCCCUGACCCGCCACGGAACAAAAUCAAAAGGUGUCGCCUGAACAUGAGCGUGUCCCAGCAGGAGGACGGGCGGGCGUGUGGGCGUGUGGGCGGGGCAGCUGGCUGCUGGCCGUCACCGCCCACCACCGCACCAGCAGAUCUGACACCACCUGCCAAUAUCCUUCACCUUUUAUAAUUUUGUACUGCCUCAGGUAUAGACGCUUUUGGUUUAUAGUAUAAUGAAGAAUAUGCCCAUGUUUAAUAGAACAAUGCAGAGUUGCCCAAGGUUUAUCAGACUAAGGUAAUUGAAAGGUUGACUUUUCAAAGCCGAUGGUUGUGAAUCUGUACAUAGGUUAUGUUUGUCUGAACAUUUUGAGGGUUCCUGUAUCGUAGGGGUGAUCGAGAUUGUUCACACUUGUUGUAAGCAUGGAUAAGAUUACAUUGUUGUACAAUAUGUACUCUUUAUUAUCAUUAACAAAUAUGGCAUAUAUUUUUCUUACUUGUACAACUAUUAACUAACCGGUACGGUUUCUCUUAAGGUACGAAAAAUAAAUAAUUUUGUGAUAAGACGUGUGAUAGAAGAAUGUAGUAGCGGUCCAGUACAAAUAUACACCCAGUCUUGUUAUCAGUGUGGGGAGGCUCCAGCUUCAUUCUUCACCACGGAAUUUUAACCAAAAAGAAAUGAUCAACAGUUUAUCUUCACGCUGCUGUGGAACACAAAAAGCAAAGUAACAGAUGGGUGUACGCCGAGUCCUCCGAGGAGAGUCUCCAGUACACAACCAAAUACUCUUCUAGCUGGUGGGUCUCGCACCCUUCUGGUGGGCCCUGAGCCCUUUUGGUGGGCGCUGCCCUUUUCUUUAGUUCAUUUUGGUAACUAAAUCCCUACGUCCCGAAGAUGACACCAAGGUUACACCGCUUGACGCCUGGAUGGUGGCACCCAAUGGCACUCACACGUCCUCUUGAAGUUGUGCCAAGUCAGGCGUUUCGGGAAUGGCGUAAGAGUGCGUUCUGCUGACAUCAAGGUGGCUCGCGAGUGGCACUUGGGUGGUACCCCGGUGGCACUUAUGGUGGCGAGUGGCAUCGUCGACAUGGUACCGCUGCCGUGGCACCAACUGGUACCCGCCUGCUGCCGGGGCACGGCACCCGCGGCCGGGCACUGGGCAGCAGGAGGUAGCAGCGUGAGGCCACAGCGGCUGGAGAGCGCUUGCUGGUUUUGUCCAAGUUAUACGAAGCUGUGACUCCUUUGGCACCAAAGUGGCCCUCCGGUAACACUUGGGUGGCACUCAGAUGACAAGAUGUGAUCGAGGGUGAAUAUCUAUCGAGAGCUAGAGUGUGAGAGGUGACAGGCAUACCGCGAGAGCGAGUGGGGAGCGAGCGAGCGAGAGAGAGCGAGAGCGAGUGCGAGACAGAGCGAGGAAGACGCGAGGCAGACGGUGUUGAUUGGGAGGGUCUUUGAGGAUAGCGUUGAAUAUUUUGCUGUUACAUGUUUUAUCUUCUCAUAUCGACAGUAGACGAGGAUAGAUAAGUAGAUACAUAGUAGCUGAUAACUCGCUGGGACAGAUUGUGCCCCCGAGGAUUUUAUAUUGAAUGUUAUCUGUGUUAGUUUUCAGAAGUUUUCGGUGAUUGUGUGGAUGACGACGGUUAAUAUUUUGGUAAUAUUUCUACCAGGUGUAGCAUAAACCUUUUCUGUCUGCAAAGAUACUUUUGAACUCACCUUUCCUGUUGUGUAGUUUUGAAUUGGUCCAACGUACCAAUAGCUAUUACUAUAUGAAAUGCUGGCCGGCGAGAGGGCUUCAGAGCUGCCUCGUCAGGAGAACAAGACUAUAAGAAUAUAUUUGUAUGAAGUGAAACGCAGCGCAGAGUGUUGGGGUCUCAGGAGAAGAAAAAAAAAAAAACAGAAAAAAAAUAUAAAAAAAAAGAUAUAUAUAUAGAUCGCCUUCAGGAUGCUGCUGUAGUUACCAACAGGUCUGGUCUGGUCGCUCUAAAAUGUCAUUUGACUCAUGGGAAGGGCAAAAAAAAAGAAAAAAAAAGAAAAAAAUGAAAAUAGAAAAAAAGAAAAGAAAAAAAAAGGAGAUUUUUUGAGAAGAAAAAAAAGAUAAAAUUGCUAUGAAGUCCCACCUCAUUUCAUUGGAUUGGGGAUCCUUGUUUUCGUAUUGUAGUCUAUUUGAAACUAAAAAAGAAAAAAAAGAUAAUCACUGUAAUUGCCAUUGUAAUUAGAAAAAAAGACUAAUUCUGUAGGAAGUCAUGAGCGACGGCGGUGGCGGGCAGCGUGGGCGGCAUGUGGGCGGCCAGGGCUAAAUGGGGCUGGCGGAACUAAGCUUGGUUCGUGCCCCCCCCCCUCCCCACCUCCUCACGCCCGUAUGUGACAACCUCGACGCCUCACGCCCGCCCACGCCACGCCCUCCCGACGCCCGCGGACGCCCUCGCUCACGGCUUGUUACGGGCUCCAGAAAUUUCUUCAGACUGUCUUUGUAACCAUACUUGCAUCUCAAAUUAUUAUGCAGCCCAUUCCUGUUUCAUAUAUGGAUUCAUUAUGAUUGUAUUUCUAGUCACAAAGUUACUACUAUUUUUCUAAACAGUGCCGCCACACCUGGCUUGCCGGGGCAUGACAGGCUGUCUGCAAGUAUAAUAUAAUAAUAUAUUCAUUUUUAUAAUUUCUUAUGUUUUUAUUAUUGUGAGAGAAUUAAUAAAUGUGUAGUUUGCAAAUUUA